GUCCAACGAACCCGAGCUGGGUGCCUCUGCUUCGGCGAGCAGUUGGUGGACAUUCCGGAAGUUAAAACGAGAAGUUAAAAAUUGAAGAAAAGCGAAAAUCAUGCCUCCAAAGAAGGACGAUGGCGGAUGGAAGAAGUUUCUGUGGGAUUCGGAGAAAGGAGAGCUGCUCGGUCGUACAGGAGGCAGCUGGUUCAAAAUUAUUGUCUUCUACAUCAUCUUCUACGGCUGCUUGGCUGGCAUCUUCAUCGGCACCAUCCAGGCCUUGCUACUCACCCUGAGCAACUACAAGCCCACAUGGCAGGACCGAGUCGCACCUCCCGGACUCUCGCACACCCCGCGAUCUGACAAAUCCGAAGUGUCCUUUAACCCCAAAGAAGUGGAGACCUAUCUGCCUUACAGCAAGGCCUUGAGGGACUUCCUGGCCAAGUAUGAUGACGACAAGCAGGUCAACCCGAUGAAAUUUGAGGACUGUGGAGAUGAGCCGGGGGAGUACAAGAACCGGGGCGACCUGGAGAGUGAUACGGGUGUCAGAAGGGCCUGCCGCUUCUCCAGGAGCCUGCUGGGCCCCUGCUCUGGUCUGGAUGACAAAGACAAAGACUUUGGCUUCGACAAAGGCCAACCCUGCGUGAUCGUGAAGCUCAAUCGGAUUGUUAACUUCCGUCCUCGGCCUCCUCUCUCAAAUGAAACCAUCCCUGAAGAAGCUCAACCCAAAGUGCAGCCCAAUUUGAUCCCCAUCUACUGCACCAAUAAGAGAGAGGAAGAUGCCGGGAAAAUCGGCGAAAUCAAGUACUACGGCAUCGCCAAUGGCUUCCCGCUGCAGUACUACCCGUACUACGGCAAGCUGCUCCACCCCCACUACCUGCAGCCACUGGUGGCGGUGCACUUCACCAACCUGACCAGGAACGAGGAGCUGCGCAUCGAGUGCAAAGUUUACGGCGAGAACAUAUCCUACAGUGACAAGGAUCGCUACCAGGGACGCUUUGACAUCAAGAUCACGGUCAACGGUUUAUGACCGCCACCGGGACAGUAGAGCACUUUCCUGUCACCCUCCCCCACCCCCCCCCGCCCCCCACCCCCGUCCUAUUCCACCCGCUGACAUGAAGUAGAUAAGUAGUCGGGGCUAAGUCGAUCUCACUUGCUUCCGGUUAGCAUUGGCGCACAAUUUUAGUGGGGGGAAAGUAGCUGUUAGGCCAUGCAAGCGUAUUUAUUCUGCUGUAAGUGACAUUUUCCCACAAGCAAUUUGGGCUCAUUGUUCAUUCACAAGUGUACAAGUGGAACACCAUCUGUCCCAUCCCCCUCCCACCCUGACCACUAACUCCCCCUCCUUGUCAUAUCACUGCCUAGGUACCUCGCUUUUCCUUCAUUUUUCCAGUGUGAUGUUCCACGGCCCAUAGUGAUUUGAUUGGCUCGGACCACUCUUCUGAUCUUAAAUGAAAAAGGCUGCACUCCAGGGGACUUCUUUCCUCCUUCCUCUUUUUUUCUGUUGUCUUUUAUCCUUGAUCAUGGGGGCCUUGUUUUUACUUUGCCUUCUUUUUGUGCUUAAAUCACUUAAAGUGUGUAGGGGUUUUAUUCAAUGCCUUUUUAAUUGAUUUUCCUUUUUUGUGCUUUCCAGCCCGUGGGUUAGACUCGCUCACAGGGCUCACGGUGCUGACUUGGCUUUAUGUUCUUCUCCUCUGGACUCCAUCACAAUAUUGUGGUGCGUGUCCCUGUCUGAAUGUUUUUAGCCAUCAAACAUGGUGGAUGAAUUGUAUAUUUAUACAGUUGUACAUUUUGUUUCUGUGCAAAAAUAUUGUUAAUGUAUACAUGCAAUACCAAAGUGAUGAUCUGUACAAGGGUCAACAUUUGUUUGCCUUGCAACCUUUUAGUGGCUCACUCUUGAAAUGUGAGGAGCGUUUUGGGCGAUGAAUGUAGUCGGAACCAGGGCGCUUAAGUGAUCACAAUGUUCGUGCAUUUCAAAUAAAUUUAAAGAAAAAAGGAGGGGAAAAGAACCUCAAAGAGCUCUUGCGGCUUUUAGGUGACAAACCAUGUUGGUAAUUUUGUGUAUAGGAUAGUGUCUGAAACACUUGAACUUGUACAACCUACCAUAAUUUCAUGCACCCUUUGCCAUUUAAUCCAAGAUAGAAACAAAUAAAAUCCUAAUACUCCUCUC